AUGGCAGAAGCACGUAAAUUGAUGGUGCCUACUCAGGAAAAUGAGAUCAAGUCAUAGUUAAGAUAAUUAGGGUAGCUAGUAACUUAUUUUGGUGAAGGUGCUGCUGAUAGGGGAUAGCGACUACACUCAUUGUUAACAGAACACUUGAUGUAAUACGGGAGAUUGCCUUAGUUUUUUAACAAUAGAACAAUCAUAAUAUGGUGUGUUGAAUAAUUGAGGGCUGCCAAGUUAUCUUUUCACAAUGCAGCACUAAGAGUUGGGAAACAGAGAUUAAGAAGAUUGACUGUUGAGGCUUUAUAAGAAGGUUAAGGGGUGUUGGAGGAAAUGUAGAAAGUAAACCAGUGGAUCUGGAGAAUGUAAAUUGUGGGACAUUCAAACUGCCUCACUAAAGUCAAGUUUUUCGUACAUUUAACUAAGUGUCAUUCUGUUGCUUUUCAUCCUUAAUCUUUAUUAACAAUAUCUCCGUAAUCCUUUGCCAAUGUUGCCACUGCAUCAGCUGAUCUGUCAAUUAGAUUAUGGACAUUGGAUUUGGAUUAGUAAGAGUCGAUUGGAUUGAAAGGCCAUGAAGACAGGAUAAACAAAGUAAUAUUUCAUUAGGAUGGUGAAGGAUUGAUAAGUAUGGAAACUUAAACUGAAUCAAUGGUCUAGACUGGACAUUCCAGGGAAAUCUACUCAGGAGCCUUGCAUCCAGAUGGUUCCUUAUUGUUUACAGGGGAUUUAGGAGGAUUUGGAUAGAUUUGA